AUGAGAAGAGAUGCUAUCUAUGAUCAGCAGGAGGAAGGUACUUCUAUUUGGAAAGGCUUGAGAGAUGCUGUAAAGGAUAAACGAGUUUGGAUAUUUGCCCUUAUGCUGUGUUCCAACCAGUCCUCCUACGGCUUCAACUAUUUUUAUCCCGCUAUUGUCCAAGAAUUCAACCUAGGAAGCCGAACUAUUACCUUGGUCUGCACAGCUCCUCCUUACCUGCUUGCCGCACUUAUCAACCUAAGCAAUGCCUGGCAUAGUGAUCGCAAAGGCGAGUGGGGCUUCCAUAUUGCAAUUCCGAUGAUGACGGCUGUCGUUGGCUUCAUCAUAAGUGUUUCAGUCCUGAACAUCCCAGCUCGCUAUGUAGCAUCAUUUCUCUACGUUUGUGGCUGUUUUGGUGCAAAUGCAGCCUUCUACAGCUGGGCUGCAUCGACAGUUGCCCAGACCCCCGAGACGAAGGCGUGCGCCAUGGCUAUCAUUAAUGUAACAGGGCAGUGUGGCAGUCUGUGGAGCCCCUACUUCUUUGAUCUAAACGACCAGCCGCGCUACACGAGAGCCAUGGUCCUCUUUAUGGCUUUUGCCCUCUUGGAGGUCUCGCUAUGCUUUCUGAUGAAGUUUCUCUUGCGCCGAGAGAACAAGAAGAUCCUACAGGCAUGUGAAGCAAGUGGUUCUAGGGCUAUUCCUAACCUUUUUGUACUCUAA